AUGGUUACGCUGUUCUUGUUCUGGAAAUGGUCCUCUCAGCCUUCGUCAUGGAAAGCAGGCGAUGAUCUUAAUCAGAUUGUCCCACAGUUCUCGGUGGUGCAUAUCCCCUUUGAUUAUGCGACUGAUGACUUCAUCCCCGGCCCCGACGAACCCAACAUGACGGCGAAAAUAUGGGACAACUGGAGCGCUUUAAUGCCACGGGGCAAUGGGGUGUUGGAUAUCCCCAAUUUCAGGGACUACUCGUCUUUAACACUGCCUAUGAAGAAUCUUAUUCCUGAACAACAGGGCUCUUCCAGAUACUCCACAGCCUGGGUGCACCAGCUGCAUUGUCUGUAUUUUGUGAUGAAGGAGUACCAUCGGGUGCUGCACUAUGGCCCUGAUGGCUCAGAGUACUUCAUCGAUGCAACGCAUAACUCCUACCAUGCCAGCCAUUGCUUCAACUAUCUGCGCCAGUCGAUCCUCUGUAGUCUGGAUACCACGUUGGAGGGGAUGGGCCAGGCCAGCGGCGCGGCAGACGGAUCGGGCCAGACGCAUCUUUGCCGGAGCAGAGACGAAGUCAUGGCGUGGCUGGAGGCUAAUCGAUGGGAUGAUACGCAGGCUAUCGAUGAGUUUCCCCCUGAAGGCUCUCGCUUUGCAGACUAG